UUUAUUUGCAUGUUUUGCCGGGAAAGUUUCAAGUUGCGUUAUUCAUUGCGAUUUCACUAUAAAUUACUGUAAAGUGUAAAGUAAUAAAUAAAUAAUGUAAAGUGAUUAAACCUCAUUGUAAACUAGUUAAGAACGGAAUAUUUUGUAGUAUUAUUUGCCUAAAAGUUUAUUGUUACGAUGUCAAAGGUUAAAUUGAACUUAAUAGCUGCCGCCUGCGAUAAUAUGGGGAUUGGAGUAAACGGGACCCUUCCUUGGAGAUUAAAAAAUGAAAUGGCCUACUUCACCUCCAUGACUUCAAAUGUUGAAGACAACGCUAAAAAGAAUGCAGUAAUCAUGGGACGAGUGACAUGGGACUGUAUACCUCUGAAAUACAGGCCUCUGGUUGGCAGAAUCAAUAUUGUACUUACAAGCAAUGUGGAUAAGUUGAAAACGCAAGUGCCAGAUGGUGUUGAAGUAGUAAGAAAUCUCGAUAAAGCGAUCGAACUUAUUGAGAGUCGAUCAGAUAUUGAAUCUGCCUGGGUUAUAGGCGGCUCUUCUAUAUAUAAGGCCGCCAUAGAGCAUCCGAACUGUGACAAGAUAUAUUUGACAGAAAUACAGAAAUCUUUUAUCUGUGACACGUUUUUUCCCGCCUUCGACAAGAAGCAGUUCAAGCAAAUACAAGAAGAUGGCGUUAAUAAUGAAAAACAAUCUGAAAAUGGCAUAGAUUAUUACACUAGAGUUUAUAAGAAAGUUUUAUAAUAAAAUGUUUUGGUUGUAUAACGUUGCACAAAUAUAUAAUAAGGUUUAAUGGA